CUUGCGCAGGCGCAUUGCUGGGGCGAAGGUGAGCCGCGCAGGUGCGGUGAAGGGAGGAUGGCGGAGUUGGUUCCUUUUGCGGUUCCCAUCGAGAGUGACAAAACCUUGCUAGUGUGGGAACUGAGCUCCGGACCUACGGCCGAGGCUUUGCAUCAUUCUCUGUUCACAGCAUUUUCCCAGUUUGGCCUUCUGUAUUCAGUCCGGGUCUUCCCAAAUGCUGCAGUGGCCCAUCCUGGUUUCUAUGCCGUCAUUAAGUUUUAUUCAGCAAGGGCUGCCCGCAGAGCCCAAAAGGCAUGCGACCGGAAGCAGCUUUUUCAGAAAUCUCCAGUCAAGGUUCGUCUUGGCACCAGACAUAAGGCAGUUCAACAUCAAGCUCUUGCCCUGAAUAGUUCCCGAUGCCAAGAACUGGCGAAUUACUACUUUGGUUUCAAUGGGUGGUCCAAAAGGAUCAUCAAGCUUCAGGAGCUUUCUGACCUUGAAGAAAGAGAAAAUGAAGAUAGCAUGGUGCCACUUCCGAAGCAAAGCCUGAAGUUCUUCUGUGCUUUAGAGGUGAUGUUGCCAUCCUAUGAUUGCAGGAGUCCUGGCGUUGGCUUGGUGGAGGAGCCUGUGGAUAAGGUGGAAGAAGGACCGUUAUCGUUCCUUAUGAAAAGGAAGACAGCCCAGAAGCUUGCUAUUCAGAAGGCUUUGUCAGACGCAUUCCAGAAACUGUUGAUUGUUGUUCUAGAAAGUGGUAAAAUAGCUGUGGAGUACAGACCCAGUGAAGACAUCAUAGAUGUCAGAUGCGAAGAAGAACUACACGGUUUAAUUCAAGUCCAUUGCUCUCCCUGGAAGCAGUGUGGCCAAGAGGAGGAAGAGUAUCUCUCCGAUUUCAGCUUGGAGGAGGAAGAGUUCAGGCUCCCAGAACUUGACUAGCAUUUCUGAAUAUCCCGAGGCGAGGUCACCUAACUUCCUUGGGAAGCUCUGCCGUGCCGCUACCCCACCCCGCCCCACCACUGUAGGCUGCUGGAGUCCUGGGACCACCUGGGUCGGCCGCCCAAAUCUUUCCUGGCGAAGGGGAAGGAAAGGGUGUUCUGGUGGAGAGGGAAGGGAGGCUUGGGCGGGAUUGUGGGAUAAGAUCGCCCUGGUGACGAGGAGCAAAUCUGGAAUGGAACUUAAUAAAGGUUGCCUAAAUAAAGAUAUGGUAAAU